AUGUUCGAGGUGCCAUCAUUAGCUGCAGCUGAUUUUGAGCUGACGGCAUUGUCAACGUUUCAUCCGAUAUCACUGAAGACACGUUUUCGGAAUGCAUUCAAAGGGUUCAAACACGAGGGGAGAGAGCCAUCAACAAGAGGUAAAUGUAACGAGAAGAGGAGCACAACGACACUCAUACAUAAUCGAUCUGAAUCUGACAUUGAACAGUCGAACGGAGCAGAUUAUGCGCACAAGACAUCAUGUCCCAGUUCUAUAUCUACCUGUUGUGCAGCCGUAUCUCCGAGCCGAACACCAGCCCAAAACGCAUGCACAUCUCUCUUCUCGUUUGAUAGUAGUAAUAAUGACUCGUCGUCAAAUGAUUUAUUGCUUAAAUCAGAUAUGACGCUUGAGACAUCCGAUAAGAACAGUUGCGUGGCAAACGCGAAGCUGCCGAAGGAUUUAAUCGUGGCGUUACAAUUUUUUAAUGAAAUGAUGCGUACGGAUAAGACUGAGAUGUUGCUCGGUAGUUUAGAGGCUAUUUUUGAUGCAUCCAUCGCAUUCUUAUCCAAACUUAAACAUCAAGCACCGUUAAUUCAGAACGCAUUGGUUGCAUUAUUGGAUUGGGCUGAAAAUAAAUUGGAAGAUUGUGAAGCGGAGCAGUUGAAAACAAUGAAACGUGAAGGUGUUCGUCUUGCUGCAGAUCUGCAGAAGACUCUUGGAACGGGUUUACGAGAUGGUACGCAGAGUGAGAAGGUGUCGUGA